AUGCGAUCUCUCAUUCCAUUUGUGCCUCUGCUGGCUUCAUUGUCAGCAGCUGCUGCAAUUUCAAGCACAGCUAGCCCAACCGUAACUGCUGUAGCCUCGGGAAAUCCCUUCUCAGGACACCAGCUCUACGUCAAUCCGUAUUAUGCAUCUGAAGUUUCAGCAUCGGCCUUGCCAUCCAUGACAGGUGCUGCUAAAACCGCUGCCAGUGCAGCCGCUAAAGUUCCGUCCUUUUAUUGGCUGGAUACUGCUGACAAGGUACCAAAGAUGGGAGAGUUCUUAGCUGACAUCAGGGCUCAAAACAAAGCCGGUGCUAGCCCGCCCAUUGCUGGCCAAUUUGUUGUUUAUGAUCUGCCUGAUCGUGACUGCGCGGCUUUGGCUAGUAAUGGAGAGUACUCUAUUGCCAAUGGUGGUGUUGCGAACUACAAGGCGUACAUUGACGCCAUCCGCAAGGUGCUGGUUGAAUACUCUGAUAUUCAGACUAUCCUCGUUGUUGAACCGGAUAGUCUGGCCAAUUUGGUUACCAACAUGGGUGUAUCGAAGUGUGCCGGCGCACAUGACGCUUACUUGGAGUGCACUAAUUAUGCUGUCACUCAAUUGAACUUGGCUAAUGUUGCCAUGUAUCUUGACGCCGGACAUGCCGGAUGGCUUGGCUGGCCUGCCAAUCUGAGCCCGGCAGCUACGCUAUACGCCAAUGUCUACAACACUGCCAAUAAACCCGCAUCUCUACGCGGACUUGCCACCAACGUUGCCAACUACAACGGCUGGUCCCUCACUACCUGCCCAUCAUACACCUCGGGAGAUGCCAACUGCGACGAGAAGAAAUACAUCAACGCCCUUGCUCCCCUGCUUAGGAGUGCAGGCUGGGAUGCCCACUUCAUCACCGAUACCGGCCGUAAUGGAGUCCAGCCCACUUCGCAAAAUGCUUGGGGUGAUUGGUGCAAUGUCAAAGGAACUGGUUUCGGUGUUCGACCAACUACUGAGACAGGAGAUGCCUUGGCCGAUGCCUUUGUCUGGGUGAAGCCCGGUGGCGAGAGCGAUGGUACUUCGGAUUCCAGUGCGACUCGCUAUGAUUCCCACUGUGGCUACAGCGAUGCUCUUCAACCUGCUCCCGAAGCUGGCGCAUGGUUCCAGGCGUACUUUGCUCAGCUUGUUCAGAAUGCUAACCCCUCACUUUGA